AUGUCUAUUUUCACUCCACCGUCAGAGCUCCAGUCAGUCCUGAUCAACGAUUCAGGCCAGCCUCCAUCGCAGCUUGAAGGGCCGGCUCUAUCGACCACGGCCUUAUUCAACAAAGUUAGCAGUAGCCAUCUUGUUGAAUGGCUCCGCAAUGAAAAUAUUACCUCCUUCACGCUUCUCAAGGCUGCAUGGGCAAUUGUGCUUCGCAGUUACGGUGGUUCUGACACUGUCUCUUUUAGCUGCGAGGGAUUUGAAGUACUAUCCUAUGAUGUCCCGAGAACGAAGUCCGUACGUGGACUGCUGGAAAUGCUGUCCGUGGAAGCAAUUUCCGUGGAAUAUUAUUCUGGUUCAGCCUUUAUCAAAAGCAAGUGCACAAUAGACACAUUGAAAGAGUUUGCAGUUGCAGUCCAACUCUCUAGGGAAGUGGAGGGCCAUCGACCUUCAAUUGCAAUCUACUACAAAGAUGGAGCCAUGUCAAAGGAGAUGGCAGAAAUGGUAUCAAAGACUACGAUACAGGCUAUGGAGCAGAUCAUAGUCCAUACAGAAUCUCUUGUUGAGGAUCUCACUGUGUGUAGCAACGCAGAAAUCAAUUGCGUCUUUUCCUGGAACAGAAAAUCAGACGAAGAGCCAUUUCCCAAAAGAUCUGUUCAUGAAGCUGUCUCCAGAAUAUGCAUGGAGGUACCAGACAGUAUUGCAGUGUCGGCCUGGGACGGCGAAUUCAGCUACGCGGAAUUAGAUCGCCUCUCAUCAGGUCUUGCGAUUCGACUUAAAGACUGGGGAAUCCGCAACGAAGACUUCGUCGCAUUGUGCUUCAACAAAUCUAAGUGGGUAGUUGUUGCUAUCUUAGGAGUUUUAAAAGCAGGCGGGGCUUAUGUCUUCCUUGACUGCUCCCUCCCGAUGCGACGAAUACGCAGUAUUUGCUCGUCCGUGCUUCCUACUGCUGUGCUCUGUUCACCGCAACUUGAAGCGCUCGCCAAUGAUCUGACUAACCGAGUGCAACCCCUAAGUAAUCGAUCCCGGGCAUAUCUUGAGUCUGCCUUGGCAGCCAAUUCAAAUUACACUUCGCAAAUCUCUCAAACCAGUCCGUCCGAUGCUAUGUAUGCGAUAUUCACCUCCGGCAGCACAGGUCAGCCUAAAGGCAUUGUCACUGAGCAUGGUGCAUUCCACUCGGUGGCUGUUGCGAAUGGAAAGGCAUUGGGGGUGGGACCCCAUACCAGAAUGCUGCAAUUUGCAGCAUACUCAUUUGAUGUUAGCAACCGUGAGAUCUUCAUCACUCUGAUGUGCGGAGGAUGCAUAUGUAUUCCUUCAGAGGAUGACAGAGUCAAUAACCUCGCCCAAUUCAUCAACAAAUACUACGUCACUUCAGCAAGUCUCACCCCAUCUCUAGCCAAUCUACUUUCUCCAGAGUCUGUACCGACUCUUAAAAUGUUGGUCCUCGGUGGAGAGCCAAUGACCGAGGCCCAUAUCUUGACAUGGGCCAGGAGUGUGCAGCUCUUCAAUGCUUAUGGAGUUAGCGAAAGCCCUGGAAUUGCAUGUCUACUGCGAAAUGUUCAACCUGGCUCCUCGCCGAGAAAUAUUGGUUUUGGAUGUGGCUCAAGGUUAUGGAUCGUGGAUGCUGACAACGCCAAUCAACUGAUCCCUAUUGGUGCAGUUGGCGAACUUGUUAUCGAGGGACGCUCUCUCGCGCGGCAUUAUAUUGGAGAAAAAGAGAAAACAAAGAGCAGUUUCUUGAAGAGUACAGAAUGGCAGACCAGGUUUCACGAUCACAGCGAAAAGUCCUAUGCAUUGCCACGUCUUUAUUGUACAGGUGACCUAGUGCGGUACAACUUGGAUGGAUCUAUUCACUAUGUGGGGAGAAAAGACAGUCAAGUCAAGAUCAAUGGGCAACGGGUUGAACUGACAGAAAUUGAGCACCACGUAAGACUAUGUGCAGAUACCCUGAUCCCAGAAACACGCCACGUUACCAUAGUUGCCUCCGCCGACGCAGUGAAUGGGUCUACGCGUCUUUUCGGAUUUAUUGAUAUUGGAUGCUCCAAAGGCCAAGAAGCGUCGAGAAAAAUGACGAUAGCCGAAUGGGAAGGCUCGAGAUCCAUGGAAGGAGAACUCAAAAGGACCCUUCGAUAUGUACUGCCAGCCCAUAUGAUUCCGCGGGAGUUCUUCUUCGUACACAACAUUGCGAUGACCCAAUCUGGAAAAAUCGAUCGUGUGAGCCUGCGCAAGAAAGCGACUGAACUGUUUCUAGUCAGCAAACAUGGAAAGUCUAGGAUGGAAGGGGUCAAGCUAGGCAGUGUUUCUUUCACCCCUGAUGAAGCUUUUCUCAGGGAGCUUUGGGCGGAUGUUUUGGGGAUUGAAGGAGCGAGUCUCCGACAGAAUGAUUGCUUUUUCCAAAGAGGUGGAGAUUCUAUCGAUAUGAUGAACCUUGUUGCCAAAUUGCGUGAAACAGGGCACAUUAUGAAGAUAGCAGAUGCUUUCAAGUCCUCGACAUUGGCGGCAAUGUCGUUGAUCUUGGUCAAGGAAACAAACCCCUGCCGGCCAGUUAAACUGGCUCCAUUUUCACUGCUCCGCGACUGCGAGGCAGUGCUAGGCCUAGUGAGGGAAAAUUUGAAGCCAGACUGUCCUCCGAUACAAGAUGUCUAUCCUUGCACACCUUUACAGGCAGGGCUGAUUGCCCUAACCGCUCAAGAUCCAAAUGCGUACAUUGCCCAAUACGCCUGGAAACUCCCCAAGUCAAUUGACUUAUGCCAAUUCAAACGGGCAUGCGAGCUGGCUUGGGAGCAAAACCCAAUCCUUCGUACUCGAUUUAUACAAGUCCCAUCAGGAAUUUUUCAAGUUGUCUUGGCCGAUGAGAUUCCUUGGUAUGCCAAUGAGUGCGAUGGAACACCUUCCAAAAUCAAUAUUGAAGAUGGCCCACUUGUCCGGUUCCAUGUGAGAAAUGGAAUCCUCCACUUGGAAAUUCACCAUUCCAUAUUCGAUGAGUGGUCCCUCGACCUUUUACUACGACAAAUUGAGAGCGCCUAUGCGGGGAAGGAUCUCCACCCCAGGCCUUUCAAUCCAUUUGUCCAGCUUCUUCUCAACCUACCAGUGGACGAUUCGAGAGAAUUCUGGGCUAAAGAGUUCGCUGGGCUGAAGACAGCACAUUUCCUUGCCCUUCCAUCUCACCCGGUGAUCACAAAUCGCGUCACAGAGAAAGCCGUACUUGAAGAAGUCCUAGAGCUCGAUAGAAGUUUUUCGACUAGAUUCACUCUUUCAUCUGUUCUGCGCCUAGCGUGGGCUAUUGUCCUUUGGCAUCGGACAGGUUGUGAAGAUGUUCUUUUUGGAGCUACUGUCACUGGACGUAGCGCAGGACUUCAUGGAAUUGAUCAACUCAGCGGUCCCACAUUGUCGACUGUCCCUUUACGCAUAAUGCUAUCGCCACACUGCAAAGUCAAUGAAAUGCUUCUGCAAGUCCAAAACCAGUUUGCGGAGAUGAUGCCCUACGAGCAGACUGGCCUGAUAGAUAUCCGAAAGAUCGGACCGGAGGCGGCUGAAGCAUGCAACUUUCAAACCGUUCUUGUGGUGCAGUCACGACGACAACAAGCAGAAUCAUCGAUGCUGGAUUCUUCAGCCUCAGUGACGGCGGCUUCACAUAACAUCAAUACAUUCGCUGGGUAUCCUCUAAUGCUCACAUGUCGGCCGGGAGACAAGUCAAUCACCUUCACAUCAUCAUAUCAUCCCUCAAAUCUACCUCGAGCCGAUAUGGAUAGUAUUCUCAGACAAAUGAUUCAUGUUACCAGACAACUCAUCAGAUCUGACUCAACCCCGCUCGCCGAUAUUGGAGUUAUUCCCCAGCAAGAUAUUAAAAUGCUAAUGCACUGGAACAGCCAUGACCCUGUUCCUGUAAAUGCUUGUGUUCACGACCUAUUUCAGUUGAUGUCUGUUUCUCAGCCUCACAGACCUGCCGUGUGCUCUAAGCAAGCUGAGCUUACGUAUGGUCAACUGGACAGACUUUCCAGUCAGCUUGCGUCUCUCCUCAUCAGCCAGGGUAUCCGUCGGGGACAUUUUGUGCCCAUUGUUUCCGAGAAGUCGCCCUGGAUACCAGUUGCCGUAAUGGGAGUUCUCAAAGCUGGUGCUGCCUUUGCUUUGCUCGAUCCGUCUUUCCCUGUUCAUCGUUUGAAGUCUUCAUGUGCUGCUAUGGAGGCCCAUACUGUGAUCUCAUCCGUGAAAUCCGCACAAAUCAGUAAAAGUCUUGAGCUCCAGGCCCACGUCCUAGAACUAGAAGGCUUACUUCACGACUUGAACCAUGCAAAUGUCGAAUCUGUCUCGUUGCCAGCCUUGGUUACACCUGAUGACCCGGCAUAUGUUGUUUUCACCUCCGGCUCCACUGGAAAUCCCAAAGGCGUGGUAAUUUCCCACAGUGCCAUCUGUACAAGUGCGAAGGUUAUGCAUGAGCAUGGCAAAGUCGGACCGGAAAGCCGGGUUUUCCAGUUUGCCGGGCAUGCGUUCGAUAUCAGCGUUGGCGACCAUUUAUUCACAUUGGCCGCAGGGGGCUGUAUCUGUAUGCCAAGCGAUGAGGAUCGAAUGGAUAAUCCAGCCAAAGCAGCAGCCGCCCUUGGUGUCAAUUGGUUAUUUACUACACCAUCCGUCAUUACACUAAUGAAGCCAUCAGACAUACCAACACUGAAGGUCUUAUGCUCUGCUGGGGAGCCUCUUACUCCGAUAGUUAUCGAGAAGUGGGCAAAGACGGCCAAUAUCGUUGCCUUCUAUGGCAUUGCUGAGUGUGCGGUCAUUUCCCAUGUUGCUGCAAUUUCUUUGACCUCUGAUUGCAGUAAUAUUGGCCAAAGCCCUGCAGCAAUCUCUUGGAUCGCAGAUCCUGAGAACCAUAACAAACUGGCCCCUAUCGGCACAGUGGGAGAGUUGCUUAUCGAAGGACCAGUUGUCGGAUCUGGCUAUCUUCAGGAGCCCGAGAAGACCAUCGCGGCCUUUAUUAGGAGUCCAUCAUGGCGAGCUGAUUUCCCAACUCACCCAGGAAGGAUGUACAAGACCGGGGAUCUCGUUCGAUAUGCACCUGACGGCACACUUCAGUUUAUCGGUAGAAAGGACCUGCAGGUGAAGUUAAAUGGCCAGCGACUAGAGAUCGGGGAUAUUGAACAAUGUGUUACUUCCUCUUCGCCAAACAUUGAGAGCACAGUUGUUGAAUUGAUCAAGAAACAUGAGAAACACGAGCGCCCGUUCUUGGUUGCGUUCAUUCGUCCUACCAUAUAUAAGAGGUGGAGCGAUGCUGCAUUGAACGGAACUGAUAUGAGUUCCAAUGGAGUGAAGACUAUCGCCUGCCUGACGAACCAGUAUUACGAUGACUUGAAAUCUAUGACACUUAACCUAGGCGAGCGUCUUCCGGCAUACAUGAUUCCGACUUAUUUCAUCCCAAUCACCGAGGUACCCCUCAACAUGUCCGGGAAAACCAAUCGACGUCAGCUCCAAGAAACUGUUUCAACCUGGUCUCCGCUUCAAAUCUCCAGCUAUCAGUGGAGGUCGAAUUCUCAUUCUUCGGAGCCUGAGCGGCCUACCACGGAAGAGGACCUGAAAAUUCAACGUAUCAUCGGCCAGGCUCUAAACAGAGAACCAAAGGAAAUAUCAUUGAAUGAAAAUUUCUUUGCUCUUGGUGGAGAUUCAAUUACCGCCAUGCAGGUUUCCAUGUUGGCAAGGCAAGAGGGUCUUCCUUUAACUGUUGUAGAUAUUUUCAGACACGAGACUCUGUCAGAACUGACGUCAAGCUUGACCAGAAAAUUGAAUGGCCAUACUGAAGUUGGUCACAGCAUGAAUGGUCAGACUUUCUGCCGAGAAGGAUCAUCCUUGAUACCUAAAUUACUUUGCCGUGAAGGGAACUAUCAAAAGCUCAGCAGCGAAUUGCCAAGGGAUAUCACAGAGAAUGCGGUUAAGUUUCUUCCUACCACGGAGUUUCAGGCCAUGACGCUUUCGAAAUUCUAUAACCGGUAUCUCAUAAUCUCUCUUCCAAAUGAAUGCGACUUAUCUCGUAUGUCGGGAGCAUGCGAGCAGCUUGUUCGGAGGCAUUCCUCACUACGGACGGUCUUUGGAAUCUGCGAUGACCACUCAAUCGUUCAGGGGGUCCUGAGGGAAUUGAAAAUCAAUCCAAUACAUCUUUCAGGAGUUGACGACAUAGAGAGGUCUUGUGCCGAUGAUUCCCUUGCUAUGGGAAGUCCUGCAAACUGGAAGCCCGCAUUCCAGGCUUGGCUGGUGACUUCGACGAGUUCGAGAAGCUCUCUGGUAUUGCGAAUGGCUCAUGCUCAAUUUGAUGGAAUCUCCAUUGGUAUCAUAUGUGAGGAUCUUAUGACCGCUUACAAUGGCAAUGUACUGCCACCUGCUGCCCAAUUCUCUGACCACGUCAAAGAAAUCAUGGCAAUCCGGAGUCCCAAGUCUUACGACACGUGGAGAAGGAUAUUACAGAACUCUCAAAUGACAAGCUUUACAAAGAGGACUUGGGCUCCUGCAAAUGGAUCUAUCGAAGAAAAGAAGAAAAGAGACAUCGUGUCUCGGGAUCCAUGGAUAGUGACCGCCUCGACAAAAAUUCCAGUCCCUUCGCCUCCUUCCAGCAUUACGAUUGCGACUUUGAUUAAAUCAGCGUGGGCAAUGACUUUAAUGCGCCUCUCAUCAGAAACAAGCUACGAUUCCGUGAAGCAUGUCGUUUUUGGUCAAUACACUCUCGAGAGAGGACUCGGGAUUCCUCACGAAGGCCGUUUGGUUGGACCAUCAGGGAGCAUCAUUCCAGUUCGAGUUGACUUUCCACCAGCGCUGAAGUGUAUUGACUUGAUGCGCCAAGUUCAACAGCAACAUAUUGAAACCAUGCCUGUACAGAGUCUUGCAUUUAAAGACAUCGUCCAGAACUGCACGACAUGGGAGCCAGAAACAAAGUUCGGCAGCUUUUUACGAAUUCAGAACUAUAGCAAGAGCGAGGCUGGGAACUUUGAAUUGCAUGGGGUUCCUUGCGAAACAAGCCUGUAUAGCCUACCAAACAAACCCUCGGAGACUGCUAACGUCUUUGUUAUACCUGACGAAUCUGAACUCCGUAUUAAUAUGACAAUGUCAAGCGAAUUCAUAGAUCAGGAAACCGCGGAUUAUGUGGUUAGCUACUUUGAAGAUAUGAUCAGAUGCCUGUCAAGUGAACCAUCAUCCAAUGUACUUAUAGACAGACAUGUCUGA